CAAAAUUUUUCACCGUAAGGCUUCUCCUACCUAUCCCACGCGCCACCCGUCACCACCACUAGCCCCGUUGUCCUUCAUGGCGUUGGCCGACUGUACGUGCCGGAGGUGUCGAGGAGGGACAAACGUCGACGUAUUGAAGCUUCGGACUCGACGAGGCAACGAAAUCGUGGCUGUCCAUAUCAAUCUUCUCUACUUCCACGGUAAUGUUCGAGCUCUUCGUCGACUUGAGUCUCCGUCUUCGUAUCAAUUUUGAGGCAAAACCUUCCAGUGUGCAAACAUGCAGAACAUUGAUUAUCCUUUCUGGGGAGGCAACAGACCAGACUACUGUGGUCAUCCGGGCUUCAUGCUGGAUUGCCAAGUCAACAAGGCCCCGCAGAUUACCAUUCUCUCACAAGCAUACCAAGUUCUUGAAAUUAAUUACAUGACACAGACUCUCAUGAUCGCCAGGCAGGAUUUCUGGAAUAGUACUUGUCCCAAGAAUCUUCAAAACACUACCAUUGAUUUCACUCUCUUCAGCUACGCUUCCAACGCGCAGAAUCUGACACUGUUUUUCGGCUGCAGCCAAAUUCCAGUUCUACAACUGCGCAGUUCUGGGCAGUUCAACUGCAGUGUUAAUGGGAUUGAUGACAGAAAUUAUUACCUGACUAGAAGCACACCAUUCUCCAACAGUACGAUAAGUUGUUUUUCAAGUGUCAUAGUUCCAGUCUUUCAAUCUGCAGCUCAGGCUCUGGAGGGUAAUUCAUCUUCUUCAACAAGUCUAAAGGCAGCUCUUGAUGGUGGUUUUGGGUUGCAGUGGUCUGCAAAUAGUGAUCUGUGCAGUCAAUGUGUCGCAUCGGGUGGGCAAUGUGGGUAUGAAUCGGGUUCAAGCUCAUUUACUUGCUUUUGCUCAGAUAAAGCUUAUGCAUCCUCAUGUUCUGCAACUCAGAAUGGAUCAACUAAAGGGCUCCAGGUUUGGUUGAAAAUUGGUAUAGCCUUCUCACUCAGUUUGCCUGGGAUGAUCAUUUUCAUAAUCAUAAAAAUCUACUGCCGUAGAAGACGGUGCAUAGCAUCAGUCAAAGCGGUGGCCUUCUGGAAGAAGGACAGGGAAGAUGAUCAAAAUGUCAAAGCGUUUAUGAGGCAAUAUGGAUCGCUUGCACCAAAGAGGUACAGCCAUUCAGAUAUUGAGAAGAUGACCAACUCAUUCGAAGAUAAACUAGGCCAAGGUGGGUAUGGAACUGUCUACAAAGGAAAGAUAUCUGAUGGUGGUCUUGUUGCAGUCAAGUUAUUGAAUGAGGCCAAGGGAAACGGAGAGGAGUUCAUCAAUGAAGUUGCUAGUAUCAGUAAAACUUCACAUGUCAAUGUGGUUACUCUGCUAGGGUUCUGUUAUGAGAGGAACAAAAGAGCUCUGGUCUAUGAAUUCAUGCCCAAUGGAUCGUUAGAUAAGUUCAUAUAUGAUAUUGGAGGUCUAAAUACAAAAACCCGGUUGGAGUGGAAGACAAUGUACCAAAUUUCAGUUGGCAUAGCGCGAGGUCUAGAGUAUUUACAUGGAGGUUGCAACACGAGGAUCGUGCACUUUGACAUAAAACCUCAGAACAUUCUUUUAGAUGAAGAUUUUUGCCCAAAAAUCUCUGAUUUCGGCUUAGCCAAACUGUGUCAAAAGAAAGAGAGUGUGAUAUCAAUGUUGGGAAUGAGAGGGACUGUUGGAUAUAUUGCUCCAGAAGUGUUUUCGCGAGCUUUUGGAGGAGUGUCUCAUAAAUCCGAUGUCUAUAGCUAUGGAAUGAUGGUUCUUGAGAUGACCAGAGCGAGAAAUACUUAUGAAGGUGGAGUAGUCCAAUCAAGUGAAAUGUAUUUUCCACACUUGUUUUAUGAGAAUCUCAAACAUGGUGAGGAUCUAAGACUCGAUGGUGUCACAAAUGAAGAGGAAGAAGAAACAUCGAGGAAGAUGAUCAUAGUGGGGUUGUGGUGCAUUCAGACCAAUCCGUCGGACCGGCCAUCGAUGAGUAAGGUGGUGGAGAUGUUGGAAGGAAACAUCCAAUGCUUACAAGUUCCACCCAAGCCUUUCUUGUUUUCACCUGCUAGGUCAGUCGAAGAUUCUUCAUACUUGUCAGUGACAAAUGAGGGCAAAGAAGGGGAAGAAAAGGAGAGAGGCUUCUUCAUUGAGCAGAGCAGGAGUACUGAGGCUGCUUGUUCGUCCCUCGUGACCCAGAUUUAAGUCUUGGAAUUAGUUCCUUUAAAAAUGGGGUAAAACGAAAUACAUCUUACUUUCACUAGAUUCUGUUUUAGCGAUGGUAUCGUGCACUGGUUCUUUUUUUCUUUUCUUUUUUUUGGUUUUGUUUUGUCCUAACACAAUUCUUUGACCUUGAUUGCAGUAAGCUAUGUUAUAUGGACUCGGAUAUAGAUGUCAGGUGCGGAUAUAUAUCUAGAGGUCGGAUGUGUCAAAUCAUAAAUUUAAGGGUGCGUUGACUCGACAAAAAAAUGUCAUAUUUUUAUUUUUUUAAUCUAAUAUGUGAGAUAAAAUUGUUUACAGUGCAAAAAGAUUUAUAGUAAUUAUACAAUAUAUAUAUAUAUAUAUGUAUAGUAUUAUAUACAAUUAUAUAAGAGAUAUUCAAUACAUAUUUCGUGCUCUUA